GCGAUUCACGCGGGUUCUCAGUGCAGGAAGAGUUCCGGUAAACACGGUUCUGCUCGGGUUCUCGUCCGGUAAACACGGUUCUGUUCCGGUUCUGCUCGGGUUCUCGUCCGGUUCUGCCCCGGGCAGUGACCGUCAGGCCCGGGUCUGAAGCCCGGGUGUCGACGCUGAGAAGCUGCUUCUGCUCCGCGGUGUGUUACUGGUGUGUGCUGACAUCGUCAACUGGACGGAGAUGUCUCCAGCCUCCACAGAGGAGGGGGGGGGGCGUCCACUGUCUCUGGACGACUGUCGCUGUCCCGUCUGUUUGGAGAUCAUCAUCGAACCUGUGAAACUGCCCUGUACACACACCUUCUGCAAGGUGUGUUUCCUGGAGACGGUGGACAAGGCGGCGCUGUGCUGUCCGAUGUGCAGGAAGAGAGUUUCGUCGUGGGCUCGUCUGAACAGCAGGAGGAACACGCUGGUGGAUCAGCUGCUGUGGCGUCGGAUCCAGAGCAGCUUCCCUCUGCAGUGUGAGCGCCGCCUCCAGGGUCAGGAGGACCAGGACGACCCAGGAGUGUUGGUGUGUGCUCCCUCAGUCAGUCGUCCUGGUGAAGUCCGACAGGAAUACGAGGAUCAGAUCAUGAAGCUGACGGCGGAGAAGCGAGUGAUGGAGGAGGAGGAGAGAAAGGCGAGCAAUGAGUUGAUCCAGAGGCUGUUGGCGGAGGAGGAGGUGGAGCUUCAGGAGGACAGCAGGAGACGAGAAGGAGAUGAGCAACUCGCCAGACUCCUCAACAACCAGCUGAACUCUUCGCCGGUGACCGGAAACAUCCCGCCUGCUGCCGUGACUCCUCCCACUAACAGACAGAAGGAAGUCGGAUCCAUCGACAGGUUCUUCAGUCCUCUUCCAUCCAAAACAACCUCAGACUGCAGCUCCGCCUCCAACAGCCUCGACAACAAGGAGAACGUGGUGGUCUCUCAGCUGCUGGAGAACAGACGACCUGCAUCGACUAAGAGGACAAACUCUGACCUGGAGAUAACAGACGAGGAGGCGACCACCUCCACACGAGGCUGCCCCCCCUCCUCCUCCCCCCCAUCUCCUGUGGGGGGGCUGGAGUCGGAGCUGCUGAGUCCACAGCGGCGACAGGAGGAGGCCGAUCGGCGGUUCGCUCAGCUCCUCCAGAAGGAGCUGGACCACGAGGAGAAGCUGAGAAACACAGACAGACGCAAAGGUUCUGCUGAUGCUUACCAGCUCCGGGACAAAGGAGGGAAGGUCGCUGUCGCCAUGCCGACCGGAUCGUCCAGGAAGAGGACGAAGAUCUCCUCCACCUCCUCCUCCACCUCCUCCUCUUUUUCCUCCUCCUCCUCCUCCUCGUCCUCGUCCUCCUCCAGCAAGAGACAGAAACAGACCACCCUCACUGACAUGUUCUCCAUGAACAGCUGAAGCCUUCCCUCUCUCUCUCCCUCUCUCUCUCCCUCUCUCUCUCUCUCUCUCCCUCUCCCCCUCUC